AUGGAUAUGAUUCCUCAAUUGAUGGAAGGAUCUUCAGCUUACGCAGGAGCCACAAACCUCAGCAUCAUCGCAAACAUCUCCUCCUCAUCCUCUUCCUCCGUUACCGGAACCACUUCAGCUGAAACAACGCAACCACCGUCUUCCACCUCCUCUCCAUCUGCGAACUCAAGCCGUUACGAGAACCAGAAGAGGAGAGACUGGAACACGUUCGGACAGUACUUAAGGAACCAUCGACCACCGCUUUCGCUUUCCCGAUGCAGCGGAGCUCACGUGCUCGAGUUUCUCCGGUACUUGGACCAGUUCGGUAAGACAAAAGUCCACACGACCGUUUGUCACUUCUACGGCCAUCCUAAUCCUCCGGCACCGUGUCCUUGUCCUCUCCGACAAGCUUGGGGAAGUCUUGACGCUCUCAUCGGCCGUCUUCGAGCUGCCUUUGAGGAAAACGGUGGCAAGCCUGAGACUAACCCUUUUGGAGCUCGUGCUGUUAGGCUUUAUUUAAGGGAAGUUAGAGAUAUGCAGAGCAAAGCUAGAGGUGUUAGCUACGAGAAGAAGAAGCGAAAGCGUCCUCUUCCUCAGUUGUCGUCGAAUUCUUCUUCCUCCGCCGUCGCUAGCCACCAGCAGUUUCAAAUGUUACCUGGUACUAGUUCUACUACUCAAAUACUAAAAUUUGAUAAGUGA